AUGAGCGGAACGGGAGGCCCGCAUCUUGGAUCGCCUGGCCCAAUGAUGCCACCACCAGGCAUGGCCGGGCCUCAGUACCAUGGCAUGAUGCCCCCUGGGUAUCCUGGCAUGGGCUACCCAGGCAUGCCGCACGGAAUGCCACCUGGUAUGCCCCCUGGCAUGAUGCCUCCGCCUCCAGGGUAUCCCAUGCCCCCCGGCUAUCCAGGACCAUACGGCAUGUCACAUCCAAAGGAAAAGAAAGACAAGAAGAAGGACAAAGACAAGAAGAAAAAGAAACGCGAGCGCGGCAGCAGCUCAAGCAGUGAGAGGCGAAGUAGCAGCAGUGGCGACAAGAAGAAGAGGAGGAAGAAGGACAAGGACAAGAAAGUGAGAAGAAGGAGCCCCAGCGGUGCUCUCGAUGAUUCAGAAACUGCAGCACGUGCCCAAGCUGCUUUGCGGGCCGCAGCAGCAGCAGCUGCCGUGGCUGGUGCACGCAGGCGGAGUGCUUCACCUCUUGCUGGCGAAGAGCUAUCAGGGUCUCGUGCCAAAGAGCUGCCGGAAGUGCACCAGGAAGAAGAGCACGAGGACCAGGAUAUGGCGAAUCGGGCUCGUGGCUUUAUGAGGCCUGAGAAGAUCGAGAUUCUCCAACUCCCGAAGUCCGUCAUUGGCAGAGUCAUUGGAAAGGCCGGGACGACAAUCAAAGACAUCCGCGAGCGCACAGGUGCUCGCAUAGAUGCACGUGACCAAACAGAGGAUCCUGUUCAGGUACUCCUAAGCGGGACGCUGGAAUCCUGCGAGCAUGCCAAGGCGUUGAUUUUGGAGGUUGCCGACGGCGCGCUCUUAGCAGGUGAUUCCCGCGAGGUUGGAAGAGAAGCCGCUGCUGCUGCUGCCGCAGCAGCUGCUGCCGCCGUGUCAGCACGAGCAGCGUCAGCAGCUUCGGAUCCAUCCUCGCCAGCUGUUGAAGAGCACAUCGAGCUCCCGCGACAUGCCACUGGCAAGGUCAUCGGAACCAAGGGGCAGCAAAUAGCCGAAAUUCGGCAAAAGAGCGGCGCACAGGUGGAUGUGGACAAGUCUCCCACAGGCUGCAGGGUGCGUUUUGUGGGAACCCAAAGCCAGGUGGAUGUGGCGAAAGCCAUGAUCAAUGCCAUCAUGACUCCGCCAUCAGAUUCAGGUAGCGGGGAUUACCUGGAGAUUCCCCGGAGCGCCGUGGGGCGCAUCAUCGGCGCAGGAGGUGCGCGGAUACAGGAACUUCAGGAGCGCAGCGGCGCCAAGAUUGACAUCGAUCGGCAGCCAGACCGCUGCCUUGUACGUUUCGGCGGUUUUCCCGACAACGUACAACUGGCCAAGACUCUGGUGACUGAAGUCUUAGAAGGCCGUGACAGGACCCAAUUGGCAGAAGCUGCAGCCACCAUGGAGAUUCCUCCAAGUGUCACUGGCCGAUUGAUUGGUCCUGGUGGCCGACAAAUAAAUGAAAUUCAGGAGAGAAGCGGCGCGAAGAUAGAUCUAGACAAGGGACGAGAUCCAUGCAUCGUGCGCAUGACGGGGUCAGCAGAUGCAGUGGCGCUGGCGCAGGUGAUGAUUAGAGAGGUCUUGGGCCAGUCAGGGUCCGGGUCGCCUGCAAGCACCGCAGAUGGCGUGUCAGCUUCAGUGGCAAGGGCCGCCGCAGCGGCUCAAGCUGCCAGGGUUCACGUGGCUUUGUCCGGAGGCCGAGCAGUUGCGGGUGGAUGCGCUCCGACUUCUAUUGGUGGGGCUGGUAAUGAUGAGGAGAGCAUAAACUUCGACAUCCCCUUGCAUCUUGCGGACAAGGUUCUUGGCGAUGGCUCUUGGCAGCACACAGUGGAAUCAAAGACAGGUGCCCGAGUCAUCGUUCGGCGAGAUGCGCUGAAAUGUCAGCUGGAACUUUGUGGAAGGCCGGAGCAGGUUGUGGAGGCGGAGCAGUUCGCGGAAGAGACCGUCCGUGUCAUUGCAGCCGGCACACCUGUCCCUCCUGAGACCAAGGCCCCGAGCCCUGUGGUCAUCCCGCCACCUCUGCCUCCUCCUGUGAAAGGUGUCGCGGCCUCCGGUGUCAUGGGGGCUUCUACACUGCCCAGGCCUCCGCUGGCGCUAGCUCCAGGCCUGGUAGCCUCUCAGUCUCAGGUGCAGUUUGUUUCGCCACCAUGGUCUAAUCCGGUGCUGCUGCCGCGUCCCGGUUUUGCUGGGACAGUCGUGCCGCCGCCGACGGCACCGAGGCCGGUCCAGGUUCCAGCCGUGGUUCCAGCUGUGGUUCCGGCUGUGGUUCCAGCCGUGCACUUCUUCAAGUUGAGCUGA